AUGGUUAAAUCAAAGAAAUUCCAUCUUCAGUUCUUUGCUUUCACUCUUUUUCUUCUGUCCUGGCACCCCAUCAGACCCGUCAGAGGCCAAGGAGUGGAAGAAAUAGAGUAUGAUAAUAGGCAAGGGAGCCUUUUUGGUGCAGUGGAAGAAAUAGAGUAUGAUAAUAGGCAAGGGAGCCUUUUUGGUGCAGUGGAAGUAAUGGAGUAUGAUUAUAGGCAAGGGAGCCCCAAGGGACCAGAGCACUGGGGAGAGCUCAACGAAGAAUUGGAGCAAUGCAAAGAUGGAAAAUUACAAUCGCCAAUAGAUUUGUUCUAUUCGAAUGCUAGAAAAGCAAUCUCAAGAGUAGAUGAUCUUAACAUGAGCUAUAAGCCUUCAAAAGCAACUAUGAAGCAUGAACACCAUGCUAUUUCGAUUCAAUGGGAGGGUGAUGCUGGAUCAAUUCAAAUAAAUGGCACUGAUUACUUGCUCAAAAGAUGUCAUUGGCACAGAUCCUCUGAACAUUUCAUUAAUGGCAGAAGUUAUGAUUUGGAAUUGCACAUGGUUCACCAAAGCCAGAACAACGAUGUGGCUGUAGUCGCAUUCCUAUACCAAAGUGGCAAUCCCGAUCCUUUCCUGUCAAAGAUAAGCAACGAUGUAUCCUCCCUAAGUGUUACAAAGGAGGCACGCUUGGGAGUGAUUAAUCCAAGUUUAAUAAAAUGGCCAAGCUCACGAUUUUAUAGAUAUAUAGGCUCACUCACGGCCCCUCCUUGCACUGAAGGAGUUAUUUGGAGCGUAAGCGAAGAGGUACGUUCUGUUUCAAAACAACAGCUGGGGCUAAUUGAACAAGUCGAUCGUGGGAUGAAUGCAAGACCAUUACAGCCUCUCAACAAUCGAGACAUCACGCUCUUUGGUCCGCAGUAG